CAGCGUCCUCCUUUUCUUGUUUCAGGAAGUUGUCAAACGUGCGGUGAGCUUAAAAUGACUUGAUAGCAGAGUGUCCUGUUGUUUCAUGCGCGCAAACAGCUGCCUAAGUUUCCAACUCGAGAGCUCGUGAACAUUCACGAACUGAAGGAGGGCUUGCGCCAGCCGCAAUAUCACUGUAGUUGCAGGCAGGGCCUGAUGGAGGCGCAACCACGAGUUGGAGAGGAGCAGACUGGAGACAGUGGGACGCAGAGGAGCUCCGUAGACGUGGUGCGAGCGAGGUGGGAGAGCAUCAUCAUGCCGGUCUACAAUGCCUUCAGCUGGCUGGACCAGUGUCUGCAGGGCAUUUACCAGCAGGACUUCAGUGGAUCCAUGGAGCUGUCCGUGUUUGACGAUGCCAGCACAGACGACUCCAUGGCAGUUUUGGAGGCCUGGAGGGACAGGCUGGAGGCGAGGGGAGUGGCCGUGGUGGUUUCAGGUCACAAAUCAGCACGGCCCAUGGGAGUGGGACACUCAAAGAACCAAGCUGUGGCUCAGAGCUCUGGGGAAUUCUUGUGCUUUCAAGAUUCGGACGACAUCAUGCUGCCCCAGAGAGUCCGUCUGCAGUUUGAAUCCUCCCUCCUUCAUCCAAACUCUCUGAUUGGCAGCAGAAUCUCCAGGCUGCCACAGGGAUCCACGGAGCGUUACACUCGCUGGAUCAACUCUCUGACCCCAGAUCAGCUCCAGACCCAGGCCUUCACGUCUCAUGGACCCACAGUUGUCAUGCCAACCUGGUUCUGCUCACGGAAACUGUUCCAGAAAGUCGGACCAUUCAACGAAGGAGGAAAGGGAGUCCCAGAGGACCUACUCUUCUUUUAUCAGCACCUCCGUCAAGGAGGAAGUCUGGUCAGGGUCAAUGAGUGCCUGUUGGUUUAUCGAUACCACGAGGAAGCCGCCACCCACUCUGUGACAGAGGAAACCAUGUGGAAGCUGCGCUUGGACUUCCUGCAGGAGAGAGUUCUCAGCCAGUGGGAGCACUUCACCAUAUGGAGCGCUGGUAAACAGGGGCGUAAACUGUUUCGGAGUCUGAGCCCCUCUACCCAGAGGAAAGUCAGAGCGUUCUGUGACGUGGAUGUGAAAAAGAUCAAGAGAGGUUUUUAUACAUAUGAGGAGUCCCAGGAAAGACCCAAACCCAGAGUCCCGGUUCUGGACUUCAGAGAAGCCUGUGGACCCUUCAUUAUCUGUGUGAAGCUGGACAUGACGGGGGGUGAGCUGGAGGAGAACCUCAGCUCUCUGCACUUGAAGGAGGGAAUUGAUUAUUAUCACUUCAGCUGAAUGAGGAGUCGUGGGGGCCACCGGAAAUGGACUUCCUUAAAACAACAUUUCAGUUUGUAUGUCAUGAGGGCCUUUUAGUUUAUUUCCUUAUGAAAACAUGUAUUAUGUUUAUGUUAACUAUUUUUAUAAUAUAAGUAAGCCUUCGCCCACAAGUGGCCGGGAUAGGCUCCAGCAGCCCCGUGACCCUGAAAGGGAUAGAACGGAUUAGAGGAUGGAAAAAAAAAAUGAAGUAAAUAAGUAUAUCUUUAUUUUUAAAGCACUUUUCUCAGAGAGUGACUCACGAAGUAUUUGACAAAGUUAAAAUAAAACCAGAGAAACAAAACAAAAUUAAAGCCACGAGCGGCGUUGUAUAGACGCUACCCGCCCUCGCUGCCCGCCUCCAUGCAUCACUUGCCGCCUAGGUCUAAGUGCCACCGCUGCUCACACCACCCACCUUUGACCCGACCUCACUUGCUGGGACGCAACCCUGCACCUCAAACUCCCCCUUCAUUUUGGCGCAGAAACUGCCUGAAAGGCGAGGUCUCCCCUGGUUUUAAAACGAGCUUUUGAGAACAUAAAAUAACAUGCAGGAGUGUAGGGAGUUAAGAGGUUAGAAAUAUAGUGCGGGGUUUGUCUGUGCAAGGCUCUAAAAAUUCAAGUUAAAAUCUAUCCUGAAUGAAAUGGGAAGCCAAUGUAGCAAAAAAAGCGAAGGAGUGACAUCAGUUUGCUUAUUGAUGCCAGUUACUAACAUUGCUUUAGAUAGAGACUUUUAAGAGAUAUUGUGUUAACACAAGUCAAAAGAGUUACAGUAGUCCAAACGAGAAGAGAUAAAAGCAUGAAUGAUAAGCUCAGGGUCAGACUGCAAUCAAAUUGUUGUCAGUUGAGCCAAGUUUCUCAGCUGAUAAAAACUGUUUUUUACUUGGAGCUUGGAUGGAGGUUUUACCAUCGUGGCCAAAAGUUUUAAAAAUUACAUAAAUGUUGGUUUUUAAUGGUUUGGAAGCUUUGUGGAUUGAAGCUUUGCCUUUGUUACCAACUUCAAUCAUUAAAUAUCUUAUACCGAUGAUUGGUGGGAUGAUAGAGAUAUCCAGAGACAAUAUUGUAAAGUCUAUACUCAACAAAUAUGCAGAUGAGAAAAUUCAGUAUGUGUUCUCUCCAAGGGAAGUGUUCAUUGUUCAGAGAUUACUGCACUCCACUGUAUACGGCUCCUCUGUGGUGGAAUUAUGGACGUGGACAUUCUGUAGAUUCAUAGUGGCCCAUAAUGAGGCCUUUAGGCUUCUGCUACAGUGGUGGUACAGAGCCAGUCAGCUGUUUGUGGAUGCUCACACCUCCACCUGUGAGGCACUACUACGUCAUCUUACCUACAGUCUCAUGGAGCGCCUGGACAAGUCUAAAAAUGUAAUUAUAAAGUUUAGGGCUGAUGCCUGAAGAAGCUCACGCCGCUUGACCUCCACCUUGAGAAAGCACUGGGUACAGAGAUUACACUCUGUUUAAAUGGCUGUUAAUUGUGGUUCUCUUUUUGAAUGUUCUGUUUGUCUGUCUUCUUUUAUGGACCGCUUCUCAGUCUGAAAUAAAGUGACUUAUGAAUUGGAAAAAUUGCUUCUUAAGUUUUUAUAACAGUAAUCUGCAUAUACUCCAGUAUGUUAUGAAGAGUGAUCACAUGAAGUCUUUCUUUGCCAUGAAAAUGAAUUUAAUUCCGAAAAAAAACUUUCCACUGCAUUUCAUUGCUGCCAUUUAAGGACCUGCUGAGAUCAUUUCACUAAUUGUCUUGCACACUUCUUCCCCCUUACCUCCAUCCCUGCAUCCACCCUCAGCCUGGAAACCUUUGCGGUGAAACCUCAUGUUGGUCUUCUUCACCAGGUUCUUCACUUCCUCCACACUCUGUGAGCUUGCAGUGUGGCCACAAGUCAGAUAAGGAGAGUGUUGAUCAGGAGCAGAGGAAAAAAACUCAGAAAAUACACUGGGCAGGCCAUAAGCUCCCUGCUCCACUUCAUUUUAAUGCAUCCAGUUGCAGACAAAUAGAUCCAUGAACGUCUUUGUUUUCCUUAUCCAAACUGGCACUCUUUCAGGGGCCACAGUGUUUAGGCUGCAGAGGGACAGGCCAUCGUAGAAGUAUGGAAGGAAAAGGACAGGUUUUGAGUAGUUGAGAAGCAGGAAAAAUUCUUAACCCUGCCCAAAAGUCUAGGCCAAAGUUGUAAUAACAUUUGUUUUAUUUAAAUAAGUUCUUUGUUUUGUCUUUCGAAGUUGUUUGCCUUGUCUCUUGUACUUUUCAUUCUUACAAAUGUGGGGUGUUGGUGGAAGACUUUAGUGACAAUAAAAUGCUUCAUUUUGUGCAGUUGAUUGCUUUUUGACGUCAGGAUCAUAUCUGGAACAAAUUGAGAUUUUUGUCUCCAGUUGGUUUACAUAGGAAGAUCAGAUCAAACAUCUCCCAUUAGAAGAGAACGUCCACCAAGCACUAACCUGCUAGACCAAACAACGGACCUGGCUCGGGAGUUGGACCUCAUGUUUUUUAUGUUUUCACGAGAGGCCUUCGACUUGUACAGUGCUUGUUCUGGCUUAUAACUUCAUACUUGUCAGCUAAGGGAAACCCUACGGCAGGGUUUGGGAAACUACGAUCAUAUGCUAAACGAUUGGAUUUAGCCAGCAAAACAGGGAUAAAUUAUAUUGUUAUUCCCUAUUGAUGUUUUACUUUCCUCUGGCAUCUUCCCUUACAUGGUGCUCUACAAAUAAACUGACAUUUAAGAUGCAAAAA